AUUUUGUAUAACAUUUAUAGCCAACCUUUCAAAGACUCUUAAGUGAACUUGUCCUUUACUGUGUUUUGGUAUUUGCAGUAGCAGCAAUGGUUUCGUUGUCGCUAAAUUCACUAAAACAGAUCAUGAGAGCGAUGGUGGAUAGUCCUGGAUUUGAUCGGGUUUUAAGUAAGGUAGAAAUACUGUCUGCAACCCCUGGGAAAGUGGUGUGUGAGAUGAAGGUGGAGGAGGAACACACUAACAGAGGAGGCACUCUUCACGGAGGACUGACAGCCACGCUGGUGGAUAUGAUCUCCACUACUGCCAUUAUGUACAGUGAGAGAGGAGCUCCUGGAGUCAGCGUGGACAUGAACAUAACAUACAUGAAUGCAGCUAAAAUUGGAGAAGACAUCCUGAUCACUGCGCAGGUUUUAAAACAAGGAAGGACUUUGGCAUUUGCAACAGUGGAUCUCACCAACAAGGCGAACGGAAAACUCAUUGCUCAAGGAAGACACACUAAACACCUUGGUAGCUAAUUAUGUACAUGCUCUGUAAAUUGUGUAGUUCUUUAUGAUAUAUAAUAAAAGUCCAGCAUAAGAAUAUUUUGCACUGUGUUAAGAUAUGUUCAACAGUGUUUAUUUCAACAGAAUUAUUCAAACAAUGGGUACAUCAAAAUAAAGACAAAGACCCACCUUCCCCUUAAACGUCGUGAACUUAAUUUCAAAAGGGAGAAAAAGUAAUUUUAUGCCAUAUGAACUGACAAAGAUGGCUUACAGAUACCAAGUCCCAAGCACUGCAAUAUUUAGCACUCUAAGAACAGGGUGGUCUAUGAAAGAAAAACAAAUCCAUAAUGAUCAAUUUCAAGUUACUCCACGAAAUUUCUCAUUAGGUACAUAAGCUUGAACAUUGGUCUCCCAUCACAUUUCCACCACCAAUGAUUACAUCUGGUAUCAGUAGCUUGUAUGUAUAUAGUGCAGGAAUUGCUUGAUUGGUGACAAUUAUCAUCCCAAGAAAAAAAAAAAAAAAAAAACAA